ACUGCAUUAUUGGAAAAGACAAAGGCCGGAUUUUUGUUAUCUGAAACUAUAGGCUAUACAGUGCCACCUUGCAUACCCCUAAAAAAGAUAAUGCCAGAAAUAUUAUCCCACUUCCUAUAAAUGCUAGCAUUACUACGUAUAACCGCAAGCUCUUGAAGACCACACUCGAGCUAAUAAUAAUUUCCUCUGUUUCUGUGUGCGAGCGACACCGUGAGCAAUGGCCAGAAAACUAAGCAUCGUUAUGCUCUUCCUCGUUGCAAUGUCACUCCUUCUCGUGGAGAACCAUGCUGAGAUUGUUGUCGCUGCCACUGAGGCUCCAGCACCUCAGCCCAACAAUAGCACAACCAACUUUCCCAAGCACGGCAUAACUGAAGGCAGUCUUCAGCCACAGGAAUGUGGACCACGUUGCACAGAGAGAUGCUCAAAGACGCAAUACAAGAAGCCAUGCAUGUUCUUCUGUCAAAAGUGCUGUGCAAAAUGCUUGUGCGUGCCUCCCGGUACUUAUGGCAACAAGCAGGUCUGCCCUUGCUAUAAUAACUGGAAGACCAAAAGAGGAGGACCCAAGUGCCCCUGAACAUCAAGCCCUCUUCUUUCAACUGUCGCUCUCAAGUUUCAGUGCUUUGUUACCAUCUCUUGCAACGUGUACGCUGUGCUGUCCAAAAGGGAAUUGACCCUUGAUAGUUUAUAUGAUUAUUUUAUUUGUCUUCCUCUAGUUUUUGCAUCGACAGUAAAAAGUGUCAAUUCUGUUGUGUGAUGUUCUUAAAUAAAAAAUGAAAUAAAAUUGGCAUAGAAUUUGCAGUCCAA